AUGUACGCGGAUAAACGUAGCGGUUUGGAGAAGGCGGCGAAUCUGGUGACAACGGGGGCCGGCACAGCCGCUUUAUUGCCAAGUCAUUUGGCCACACAUUUGGCAGCGACAGCAGCUUCACAUCAGGCGCCAACGCCACCGCCCACGCACUCACAGCAGCAACAGCAACAUUUGCAGCAGCAACAGACAGGCCAGCAACAAGCCGCACAGCAGCAGCAGCAACAGCAACAACAACAGCAACAGGCAGCCGGCAUGUUUACAAGAUUCGAUGCCAACAAGUCCACCAAGGGCGCUUCCAAAAUGCGAAGAGAUCUCAUAAAUGCGGAGAUUGCCAAUUUGCGCGAUCUGCUGCCGUUGCCGCAAUCUACGCGCCAGCGUUUGUCGCAGCUGCAACUGAUGGCGCUCGUUUGUGUCUAUGUCCGCAAAGCCAACUAUUUUCAACAAGUUUUCAAGCGCCACAAUGCGCUCCACCAUCAGACAGCAACACCAAAUAUUGGCUUCUCAAAGGCACUCUCCGGCUUUCUGAUGAUGCUCACACAAAAUGGCAAAUUGCUCUAUAUAUCGGAUAAUGCCGCCGAAUACUUGGGCCACUCCAUGGAGGACCUGCUCAUACAUGGCGACUCCGUUUACGAUAUCAUUGACAAACAGGAUCACGCAACCAUCCAAGCUGAGCUCAAUCGUAAUGUGCCGCCUCAGCCAGGUGGCGAGCAUUCAGCAUCCAGUAAUGGGGCCGCUGCUGGCAACAACAGCAACAACAACGGCAACAACAACACCAGCAGCGGCAUCACAAGUCUCGAAGGCGAGCAUCGCAUGUUUCUCUGUCGCAUGAAUGUCAGUCGCAAUGCGCGACGGCAAAUGCGUUUCGGCGAUCAGAAGGUCGUUCUGGUACAGGGGCACUAUUUGUCAUUUCUGCCGCUUUGCAGUCGCAAUGAGCCUGUCUUCUUGGCUACCUGCACACCCAUAGCCAUGCCCGAGACCCGCGAGUGCGUGGUGCAGGGUGCGACAAAUGUUUUCACCACCAUACACUCAAUGGAUAUGAAAAUAGCACACAUAGAUAAGAACGGCGAAUUUCAUUUGGGCUAUGACAAGACAACGUUACAGGGAACUUCCUGGUACAAUUUAAUUCACAGCGAGAAUUUGAGGGAGGCGCAGAGCAAGCACAGGCUAAUUACGCAAUCGGAACAAGAUCGGAGUUGCAUUCUGCUGGUACGCAUGCAGCGCGGCAGUGGCGACUAUACUUGGGUACAUGUGGUCCUACAGGUGCGCGACAGUCCCGACUCAACCCAACAGCCCGUCAUUGUGUGCACCAAUCAGGUGCUGAACGAACGCGAGGCGUCCAUCAUGGUGGCCAAUUCCUGGCUGUACCAUUACUACACGGUACAAUCGAAGAUACAGUUUGGCAUGCCACUGGAUAGCGCGAUGCGCGUGCCACCCGGUGGUGCCCCAAAUGUUUACUACACGGCGCAUCAGGCCACCGCGCACCACAUGGCGCCUACGCAGCAACCACACAGCUACAAUCACGGCAACCUAAAUCUAAACCUACACAACCAUCACCAUCAUGCGGCGGCGGCAGCGGCCUAUCACCAUCACACGCAUAUGGGAGCUGCCUAUGGCGGCGGGGUCUAUCACGGGGAGAGCGCAGCUGGCGAGCUCAAGGAGAAUGAGCAGCAAUACAAUUAUCCUCAGGCUGGCUUAGAGCCUGUCGACUAUAGUCAAGUGAAUGGCAGUCCCAGUCAAAAGUCGAGCACUCCGCGCUUAUCCUCCUCCACAUCGUCAGCAUCGCCACCGCCGCCCAAGAAACGGGCGCGAAACAAACUGGAGCCGCUUUACUUGCAGGCCGUGGAACGUUCAGCCACAACCCCGGAGCCGGACUGCACGCAACAACAACAUUACGCGCUGCAGUCCUCAGCCGCCGCCUACUCAAGCAGCGUAGCAGCCAGCAGCGAUGCCCAUGCCUCGGUCAUCUAUGCAACCAUUGUGCCCACUCGUCCACGUUUGCUCAAUAAAACGCUGCCCCCUGAUCCUGCCGAUUUUAUCGAGCAAUGGAACCCCAGUCCGCCCUGGUCAGAGUCCGCGCAAAAGGCUUCCCUCGACAGUUUCUCCUCCUCACAUGAGCUAAGUCCCUGCAUCACCACCACGCCUCCCACGCCCACCAGUGCACCGCCCCAUAACCACAGUGGCAAUGGCGGCGCCAAUCUGAGUGGCAACCACAAUUCUGGCGCGCAAACAAUUGGUCCUGCAUUUAGUUUCGAAUGGAUGUCCGAUCCCCUAGUGCCAGUGGUCGAUGCCUGUCUCACCUGCGUCCCACCUGAGGGAUUGCCCGUGGUGAUGAGUGUCGCCCAUCAGCAGUGGCCCACGAGCACAGCGGGUAAUCAUCAUCAGCAUUUGUCCCAGCACCUGGCAGCCGCCCAACACCAUCAUCAUCAGCAGCAGCAACAACAACAGCAGCAGCAGCAGCAGCAACUACAACAACAGCGCAUGUCGCUGGGCAAUGGCCUGCUUCUGCAUCACAGCGCCUCCCAUUCCCCAGUCACCAGCUUGUCGCUGAGCUCUACGCGUGCGGAGCAUGCCGCCGCCGAUGCAGUGACCACGGGCCGAGCCAAUGUUGGAGCUGCUAUCGAACCGGUUGAGGAUAGAGAUCCGAAAAAUUAGUGACUUGCGCAUUAUGUAAAGCUCGGAAAUCCCCAUAAACACUCGGCUAGGCUGGCUGGGCUGGCUGGGCACGCGGACCGAGCUUUUUGCUGCCCAUGUGCAACGGGCAGGUGAUAAUCACACUUAAAUUAAUUGCCACUUGUCAUUUUAGCGUUUAAAUUAUUUUUAUCUUACACUAAACAAUAACAACAAUAGCAACAACAGUAGCAACAAUGACAAUUACAACAAUAACAAAUGACGGCGCACGCGUAACCACAACGUCUCUGACAAUUAUGGCAGGUGCUAUAAAUACAUUUUUUAUAGCAACACCUUUCCACCCAGCUUAUCAACUAAUUUAGUGUUUAAA